CUCGCCCAGUGAUUUAUCAGCGCUGAUCACUGAAGCCCUUAAUGGUUCGCUUGGAUGGGAAUUAAUUCGGGGACGGAUAAAUAAUGCAUCGAGGUUUAUUCAGUCCAGGGCAAGCUAUCCUUCCGGAGCCAGGAGAGAGAGCCGAGGCAGCCUGGCCGGUGACGCCAGCGGCCACGCGGGCCCCAGCGGGACAUGAGGGGCGACUGGGCGAGAGGAAGAGAAAAGAAAAGUGCAUGGCAGCAUGAGCGGCCCCGCGGCUCUGGCCCGGCGGAUGCGGGAGCAUGCUGAGCCCAAAGAUCAGGCAGGCCAGGAGGGCCCGCUCCAAAAGCCUGGUGAUGGGGGAGAUGAGCCAGAGCCCAGUGCGGCCACCAUGCCCCCACCGGCCGGGUCCCAUGCUGAAGGCGGGCUGGCUGAAGAAGCAGAGAAGCAUCAUGAAGAACUGGCAGCAGCGCUGGUUUGUGCUCCGUGGGGAUCAGCUUUUCUACUACAAGGACAAAGAGGAGACGAAGCCCCAGGGAUUUAUUUCUCUACAAGGGACCCAGGUGACUGAACUUCUUCCUGGCCCCGAGGACCCCGGGAAGCACCUCUUUGAGAUCGGCCCAGGCAGUGCCGGGGAGCGGGAGAAGAUGCCGGCCACCCCCGAGGCGUUUCUGCUCAUGGCCAGCUCCCAGCGGGACAUGGAGGACUGGGUGCGGGCCCUCCGCCGUGUCAUCGGGGCCCCGCGGGGCGGAGGUACUGCCUGUAGCACCCACGCCCGCCCUCUAGAACCCCUGCCGCCAGGGAUCUUCGGGCAGCGCCUGGAGGACACGGUCCACCACGAGCGGAAGUACGGCCCGCGCCUGGCCCCGCUGCUGGUGGAGCAGUGCGUGGACUUCAUCCUGGAGCGCGGGCUCACCGAGGAGGGGCUGUUCCGCCUGCCGGGCCAGGCCAACCUGGUGCGGGACCUGCAGGACUCCUUCGACUGCGGCGAGAAGCCACUGUUUGACAGCACCACGGACGUGCACACGGUGGCCUCCUUGCUGAAGCUGUACCUGCGGGAGCUGCCCGAGCCGGUGAUCCCCUUCGCCAGAUACGAGGACUUCCUCGGCUGUGCCCAGCUGCUCACCAAGGACGAGGGGGAGGGGACUCUGGAGCUGGCUAAACAGGUGAACGACCUUCCUCAGGCAAAUUACAACCUGCUCAGAUAUAUCUGCAAGUUUUUGGAUGAAGUUCAGUCGCACUCGGAUGUCAACAAGAUGAGCGUCCAGAACCUGGCGACGGUGUUCGGACCCAACAUCCUGCGGCCCCGGGUGGAGGACCCACUGACCAUCAUGGAAGGCACGUCCCUGGUCCAGCAUCUGAUGACCAUCUUGAUCCGGAAGCACAGUCAGCUCUUCACCACGGAAGGGCUGGCAUCCCCCCGUGGGGGCCCGCCGUGCACAGGGGGCUGGGACUCCCGGGAAGCGGCUGGGGACGGCCAGGGGGAGCCCCCCAGCCCCAGUGCCCUGGGCCUGCCCUCACAGAGGACCUCCUCUCUGGACGGGGCCACCGUGGCGGCUCUCUCCAGGACCCCUCCCUCAGGCCUGGCAGGCCGGUGCAGCCCGGGGGCCACCAGCCUCGGGAAGAGGGUGCAGACUUUGCCCAACUGGAAGUCAUCCUUCCGGCAGUUGGGGUCCCGGCCGGCGAGUCCCAAGGCGGGCGGCUCGUCCCUGGAAGUGCCCCCCGCCCCCGCCAGCGGGAACUGGCUCAUGAACGGCCUGUCGUCUCUGCGUGGCCAUCGCAGGGCGUCCUCGGGGGACCGGCUCAAGGAGGUGGGCUCCUCCCAGCGGCUGUCCACCUACGACAACGUGCCCACGCCCAGCCUCCCGGCCAGCACGCCCAGCGUGGCCAGCGCUGUGUGGUCCGGGGCCUCCUCCUCCUGGGGGGCGUCCGCCGCGGGCUCCGUCAGCAGCUGCUCGGCCUGCCACGCCAGCGACUCGUCCGCCUGCAGCUCCCUGCACACCGAGGGGCUGCCCGAGCCCUCCCCGCUCCCCGGCAGCAGCGAGGAGGGCCGGUCCUGGGACGGCGGCCUCAGCCUGGACGAGGGGGCCGCGGGCCCCAGUGGCAGUGAGCCCAGUGACCCGGGCAGUCCCACCCAGGACGCUGCUCACCGCUCCGAGGCCCUGCAGGGCCUGGUCGCCGAACUCAGGGCAGAGCUUUGCCGGCAAAGGACCGAGUACGAGACGAGCAUGAGAAGAAUCGAAGACGGUAGUGCAGAUUUGAGGAAGCGGGUGUCCCAGCUGGAGGAGGAGCUGGACCAGGAGAAGAAGAAGUACACGAUGCUGGAGAUAAAGCUGAGGAACUCGGAGCGGGCACGGGAGGACGCCGAGAGGAGGAACCGGCUGCUGCAGAAGGAGAUGGAGGAGUUCUUUGCGACCCUGGGGAGCUUGACUGCUGGGGCGAAAGGUGCCAGGACCCCAAAGUGAAGGGGCCGGGGAGCAUUCCCUGUGCACCGUGGCUGCCUGUCCCUGUCCCCAGCAGAGCCGCUGGGCGGCCGCUGUGAGCUGCCAGGAGCCUCUGCAGCUGCGGCCUGGGCCUUGGGCCAAGCACAUGGGAACCAGCAGGAGAGAGAGGAGCCUGUGUCCUUCCUGGGGUCUGCUCUGCACCCCAGCAUCCUGGGGGGGACGGUCAGAGCCCCUGUCAUCCCCGGCCCCAGGAUCUGGAUGCCGCCAGGCUGGGUGGGGGCCUGGUGGGGGUCAGAAGGGAACAUGCCAAGUGCAUUUAUCCCCUUGCCCAGGAAGAUGUCCCCUGUGGGCCCCCCAAACACAUGGCACCAGGGAUCUGGUGGCCCACCGUGAACGCUUUGCAUUCUUUAUUAAAUCUGAAAACGA